UAUUACUCCAUACCUUCUACACAUCAGGGGAAUGAGGCUCUCUCCGUCUCCUGCACUGGAUCCAAGUCUGGCUGGUAGUCUGGUUCUACUACAUCUAGCUGUGGUGACUGGUGGGCUUGCCUUGCUCUCGUCUGCCUCUAGCUCUGCCUCUGGGCUGGAGUCUGUAAGAUGCAGGCUCCAAGGCACCCCUCGUCGUCCGGCGUUCUCCCAGGACGGGGACUUUGUCAUCGGGGGUGUUUUCUCCAUGCACUACUACAUGCACACUGUGGAUCACAGCUACACCAGCCUGCCUGAGCCCCUGCAGUGCACAGGGAGUAUGGAUUCCCGUGAGUUACGCUUCUCGCGCGCCAUGAUCUUCGCAGUUGAGGAGAUAAACAACAGUUCAGACCUUCUACCAGGUGUCACACUUGGUUAUCAAGUGCACGACUCAUGCAACUCGGUCCCCAUGGCCGUGAAAGUGGCCUUCCAGCUGGCUAAUGGCCUGGACCCCAUGUUUGAUACCGGAGAACAGUGCUCGGGGUCAGCUACAGUGACAGCUAUUGUGGGCGAGUCUGCCUCCUCGCCUACCAUCAGCAUGUUGCGCAUCAUCAGCCCUUUCGGCAUUCCUCAGGUGAGCCACUAUUCCACCUGUGCUUGUCUGAGUGAUAAGAAACAGUAUCCAACCUUCUUCAGAACCAUCCCCAGUGAUCAGUUCCAGGCUGCCGCUCUGGCCCACCUCAUCAGGCACUUCGGCUGGACCUGGAUUGGGGCGGUCCGUUCCGACUCUGACUACGGUAAUAACGGGAUGGCGGCUUUCCUUCAGGCAGCACAAAAGGAGGGAAUCUGUGUGGAGUAUUCUGAAGCUUUCUCCCUUACCAACCCACUCAGCAGAGUGCAACGUGUGGCCGACGUGAUCCGCAGCUCCACAGCCCGGGUGGUCGUUGCAUUUGUAUCUGCUUGGGACAUGAGAAUCCUCCUGAGGGAGAUGGAACGCCUGCCCUCUCCACCCCGCCAGUGGAUCGGUAGUGAGACCUGGGUCACUGACCCAGAUAUGCUGCGUUUCAGCCUGUGUGCCGGGGCCAUCGGAUUUGGCAUCCAACGCUCUGUCAUCCCCGGCCUCAGGGACUUCCUGCUGGACCUCUCCCCACAGAAGGUGUCCAACUCUCCCCUGCUCACUGAGUUCUGGGAGGGAGCCUUUGGCUGUAGGCUGGGUAUAGGUGUUGGGGUUGAAGAGAAGGUGUGUGAUGGCAGUGAGGAUAUACAGCAGCUACAGACCCCCUACACAGAUACAUCCCAGCUGCGUGUCACUAACAUGGUGUAUAAAGCUGUUUAUGCCAUAGCACACGCCAUCCACAGCAUCGUUUGUGAAGAGAGAGAAAACUCCACUGUGAACUGUGACAAAAACCUUAAUGUGAAGCCAACACAGGUCCUGGAGAGAUUGAGGAGGGUGAACUUCUCUCGUAACGGGUACCAGGUGUCUUUCGAUGCCAACGGGGACCCAUUGGCCACCUAUGAGCUGGUCAACUGGCAGAGACGGAAGAGUGGGAAGAUGGAGUUUGUGACAGUGGGGCGCUAUGAUGCGUCCCUGCCUCCUGACCAGAGGCUUGACAUCGACAGGGAAAUCACCUGGGUAAAGAACAGUACACAAGUACCUGUGUCAGUGUGCAGUGAGAGCUGUCCCCCAGGCACUCGUAAGGCUAUACAGAAAGGAAAGCCUGUAUGCUGUUAUGACUGUAUCCAAUGUGCAGAGGGAGAGAUCAGUAAUAACACAGAUUCUUCAGACUGUCUGAUCUGUCCUGAGGAGUACUGGCCCAACGCUGAGAGAGACCGCUGUAUCCUUAAACCUGUUGAGUUCCUGUCCUUCCACGAGGUCCUUGGAAUCAUCCUGACCGCCUGCUCUGUGGGCGGUGCUUGUUUGGCCAUUGCCACGGCAACUGUCUUCUACCGACACCGAACUUCAGCCAUCGUCAGGGCCAACAACUCUGAGCUGAGCUUCCUGCUGCUCUUCUCCUUGGCUCUGUGUUUUCUGUGUUCUCUUACUUUCAUUGGCCGGCCCUCUGAGUGGUCCUGUAUGCUGCGUCACACAGCGUUUGGGAUCACCUUCGUCCUCUGCAUCUCUUGUGUUCUGGGGAAAACAAUAGUGGUGUUGAUGGCCUUCAGGGCUACACUUCCAGCCAGUAAUGUCAUGAAAUGGUUUGGUCCUCCACAGCAGAGAUUGACUGUAGUGUCCUUCACGUUUGUCCAGGCUUUGAUAUGCACUCUGUGGUUGGUCCUGUCCCCUCCCUUCCCCAUUAAAAACCUCACUACCUACAAGGAAAAGAUCAUUCUAGAGUGUGAUGUUGGUUCAGCUAUUGGUUUCUGGGCUGUGUUGGGCUAUAUAGGACUCCUGUCUCUCUUGUGCUUUGUGCUGGCUUUUCUGGCUCGGAAGCUGCCUGAUAACUUCAAUGAGGCCAAAUUCAUCACCUUCAGCAUGCUCAUAUUCUGUGCAGUCUGGAUCACCUUUAUCCCAGCUUAUGUCAGUUCUCCUGGGAAGUUGACUGUAGCUGUGGAGAUCUUUGCCAUCAUCACCUCUAGCUUUGGGUUGUUCUUUCUAUUAUUUGUUCCUAAAUGCUUCACUAUUCUGUUCAGGCCAGAGAAGAACACCAAGAAACACCUUCGGGAUAAGACAUCCAAUGAUAUACGUUAUUAAGAAAUGAUUGAGUGGAAAAAACAUUGUAACAUUCAGUUAUAUGGUUUAUUAUACAGUUAGGUACGACGAUAGGGUCACUUUAGAUAUUCCAAUGUUAUAUGAGAUUGUUCGAAUCUAUAGUGUUAAAAUCUAAUUUGACCUGCUUGUCUCCUCCCCCCACCAGGUGUCUCCCAUUUCUACCCAUUAUCUCCUGUGUAUUAAUUCCUGCUUUUUCUGCUUGUCUGUUGCCAGUUCAUCUUAUCUUGUUAGUUCUUACCAGUGAGUUUCCCCAUGUUCCUGUUCUCAAGUUUUGUUUCUAGUCUACCCGGCUCUGAUCUUUCUGCCUGUCCUGACCCUGAGUUUACCUGCCGCCCUGUACCUGCCUAUCCUGACCCUGAGUUUACCUGCCGCCCUGUACCUGCCUGUCCUGACCCUGAGUUUACCUGCCGCCCUGUACCUGCCUAUCCUGACCCUGAGUUUACCUGCCACCCUGUACCUGCCUGACUCUGACCUGGAUUACGAUCCUCUACCUGCCCUCGACCUGCCGUUUGCCUUACCCUUUUGUUAUUAUAAAUAUUGGAGAUUCAAACUAUUGGUGCCCUGUGUCUGCAUCUGGGUCUUAUCCUGAGCCAUGACACACAAGACACAUUAGAUUAGAUUCUCUCUGUGUCACUCAGAUCUUUUGAACCAGUAGAUAUCCCAGCUGAGGAUGACCAACAGUUGGUAUUCUAUGUUGCUUAUCCAUCUUAUUUCAUAGCAGCAAAAGCAAUGUGUUCAGAGAAACAUUUACUAUAAACCUCAUUGUAAUCUGGCACCGUGAUUAAAUUUUAAUUAUAAAGGAAGCUUGUUCUCAAGUGUCUGUCCUUUAUCUGAGAGACAUAGGAAAGAUCAGAAUGUAUUAAUACAUUUUUGAUUUUAACAUGUGGGGGUUUCAUCCUUAUAUUUGGCACUAAACUGUCCCCAUACUAUACAGUCAUGGCCAAAAGUUUUGAGAAUGACACAAAUAUACAUUUUCGCAAAGACUGCUUCCUCAGUUUUUAUGAUGGCAAUUUGCAUAUUCUCCAGAAUGUUAUGAAGAGUGAUCAGAUGAAUUGCAAUUAAUUGCACAAUCCCUCUUUGUCAAAAAAUGUCCACUGCAUUUCAGCCUUGCCAAAAAAGGACCAGCUGACAUCAUGUCAGUGUUUCUCUUGUUAACACACAUGUGCGUGUUGACGAGGACAAGGCUGGAGAUCACUCUGUCAUGCUGAUUCAGUUUGAAUAACAGACUGGAAGCUUCAAAAGGAGGGUGGUGCUUGGAAUCUUUGUUCUUCCUCUGUCAACCAUGGUUACCUGCAGGGAAACUCGUGCCGUAAUCAUUGCUUUGCACAAAAAGGGCUUCACAGGCAAGGAUAUUGCUGCCAGUAUGAUAUCACCUAAAUCAACCAUUUAUCGGAUCAUCAAGAACUUCAAGGAGAGCAGUUCAAUUGUUGUGAAGAAGGCUUCAGGGCGCCCAAGAAAGUCCAGCAAGCGCCAGGACUGUCUCCCAAAGUUGAUUCAGCUGCGGGAUUGGGGCACCACCAGUAGAGAGCUUGCUCAGGAAUGGCAGCAGGCAGGUGUGAGUGCAUCUGCAUGCACAGUGAGGCCAGGACUUUUGGAAGAUGGCCUGGGGUCAAGAAGGGCAGCAAAGAACCCACUUCUCUCCAGGAAAAACAUCAGGGACAGACUGAUAUUCUGCAAAGGGUACAGGGAUUAGACUGCUGAGGACUGGGGUAGAGUAUUUUUCUCUGAUGAAUCCCCUUUCCGAUUGUUUGGGGCAUCCUGAAAAAAACUUGUCCGUAGAAGACAAGGUGAGCGCUACCAUCAGUCCUGUGUCAUGACAACAAUAACGCAUCCUGAGACCAUUCAUGUGUGGGGUUGCUUCUCAGCCAAGGGAGUGGGCUCACUCACAAUUUUGCCUAAGAACACAGCCAUGAAUAAAGAAUGGUACCAACACAUCCUCCGAGAGCAACUUCUCCCCACCAUCCAGGAACAGUUUGGUGACAAACAAUGCCUUUUCCAGCAUGAUGGAUGGAGCACCUUGCUAUUAGGCAAAAGUGAUAACUAAGUGGCUCGGGGAACAAAACAUCAAUAUUUUGGGUCCAUGGCCAGGAAACUCCCCAGACCUUUAUCCCAUUGAGAACAUGUGGUCAAUCAUCAAGAGACAGGUGGACAAACAAAACCCCACAAAUUCUGACAAACUCUGACAAACAAGAAUUGAUUAUGCAAUAAUGGGCUGCCAACAGUCAGGAUGUGGCCCAAAAGUUAAUUGACAGCAUGCCAGGGCAGAUUGCAGAGGUCUUGAAAAAGAAAGGUCACCACAACAAAUUUUUACUCUUUGUAUCAACAUCAUGUAAUUGUCAAUAAAAGCC